AUGGAGGCCAGUGAAGUAGAUUACAAGCCUCUUGAAAAAAACCCAAAGCACAUCCACUGGCUCCUCUCAGCGAUUAUUUCAAUGAUUUGUUUAGGAGUUGGCCCUUUUUUAUGCGGCCUCUCUUCUUACAAUCCUUUAUCAGUAAUCUCAAUGAUAUCAGUCGGCCAAAUUAUUCUUGCGGUGGCAUUUUACCUAAUUUUCCAACACACAAUCUCAAUUACACAGAAAAAGCUGCAAGAAAUUACUGAGGAAGCUUCUUCGUCAAAGAGUUUUGCGCCAGGAGUAUACCUUGCAAUAUGCUCUGGGAUUAUCCAGGGCAUAGGGCAGUGGGCUCUUAUUUGGGGCUUUUAUUAUGAUGAAAAUGGUAGAGGCAUUUUGUCAUCAAUUAUAUCAGCUCAAGGCGUUUUAAGUUCAAUUCUAGGCUACAUAUAUUUUAAAGAGAGACUAUUGCAUUGCGAGUGGUUUGGAAUGCUAAUAAGUCUUGGAGGGAUGAUAGUAAUCUCGGCUCUAUGCCAAAUGACCGCAUAUUUUUGAUAGUGCAACAUUUCCUAGGGAAAAAUAGUUGAUAGUGAGACAUUUAACCGAAAAAAAAUUAAAUUUCGGCCAAAUGCCAAUGUAUAAAAAAAUUUCAACUAAUUUCUUCAAUGAAAUGCGCACUAUUAAAAGUGCACGAUUAUGGGGCCUGCUCCCAGUAAUCUCUUUGUCAAGCUCCAGAGAUAGCACAUUUAUCGGAGUAAUUCUUUCCAUCAUUGGAUUGAUAGCAUUUUCAGUCAGAAACGUUUUUACUAGGAAAUCACAGAUGAAAGGCCUCAGCAUUUAUAGUGUUAUAUUUGUUAACUUGAUAGCUUUUGGAGUUAGUGGCCUUUUAGUGAUUGCAGUUGCUUUACCAUUUGGCUAUGACCCAUUUUCUGAAGGCUGGAAAGUACUUGUAUCCUUGACAGGAGGAAUACUUAUAGGCAUGGGCGCUUAUUUUAUAUGCCAAGCUUGUAUGACUGGGCCUAUAGGCCCUUCAGUUACCAUAGCCAAUAUGUGUGGUAUUGUACAGAUUUUUCUAGACUUUGUGUUUUUAGAUAUUGUCCCAGACGAAACAAAACUUAUAGGAGCUUGCAUAACAAUUGGUGGAGCAGUUCUACUUGCCGUUGGGGAUUCAGUCAUCGAAAAAUUCAAAAACAAAAAGAAAAGUUAUGAAGACUAA